AAAUGCACGUGUCAGCAAACUGUAAAUUGUAUAAAAACAAGGACCUCUGAGUUUCCGAUCAUCCUUGUGAAAGUAAGCUAACACAAAGAUAACCCGGACUUGUUACAACUUGCCAUCAUGCAGAUGCUCAUUGUUAUUGGUGUCUUUUGUCUUGUUACCGCAGUGUUGGCUAAAGAUGUCGAAACGUAUACUUCUCUGUGCCAAGACGAAGGGGACGAAUGUAAACGAAAUGGCAUGAUCGAAUGUUGUCGAAAUUUGGACUGCAAAAAAUCGAGAUACGGAAAUAAACGCACAUGCCAAAGAAGUGACGACGACUCGUGUAAACCGAGAGGUAAACGCUGUAGGAGGCACAGUGAAUGCUGCAACAACAGACGGUGCACACGAAGUGACAGAAAAACAUGUCGAUAAUUAAUUGGCCUGGAGUUACCUCCCAUACAGCUAUCUUUUCAGUCUUAGACGAAAACGAAAGAAAACAAUAUUCUGUAACAUCUUGCAAUUACAAUCGCUGUAAUAAAGUAUAUUCAGAAAAUUA